CCCGGGAGCCCCGCUGAGGGGGACGAGGCUUCGGGCCGGGAUCGAUGCUGCGGCCGUGGGGUGCGGGAGCUGGUCGGCCGAGGCGUGCAGCGGCGCUAGGCGGCCAGGGUAGCGACGCCGCCGCCUCUCCCUUCUCCUGCCCCUCUCCCUGCUCCCCUGCGUCCUCCUCCUCGCUGGGUCCCCGCCGCCGCCGCCGCCGCCUCAGCCUCGGCGCUUCUCGGGCUUCUCUUCUCCAUCAAGGCCGGGCCGCCCCGCAGGGACCAUCCCGGAAACAAUCUACAGAAGCUUGUGAAUUUCCUCUACUAAAGAUGAAGCAAGCUGGACUUGCUGUUUGCUUCUUUUCAGCCACUUGGCCUUUGGCAAGUUGGACCCAUUUGUAAGGAUUCACUCACAGAUUACUUCAAGAUCCAGCAUUGCUGACAAAUACAGGGGAUAUUAUAUGUGAGCACUUUGGGAAGGGUCAGAGUGGCUAUCAAAAAAAAGCACCUUGCCCUUGAAGAAUAAGAUGAGUAGACGUGUUCAAAGGUUAUUCCCUUCCAUAGGCCAAUUAUAGAGAGAAAUGUUUUAAAAUGUAGUUUUAUAUUCUACUUCAAAGUGAGUAAUUUUUUUAAGUUCAAAUGUAAAAUUUUGUUAUAAAUAUGUGUUUCAAGCUGUUUGAAAAGGAUAUGUCAAAACAAACCUAAAAAUAUGUUUUAAUAAAAAACAUUGGUAUACUGUGGGAGGCAGGGAGGUGGGGUUCUAAUCUUUUUCUUUGAUCCUCACAAAGUAACCUGUACCUAGUUCGGUUCCAGAUUUCAGUUGCCAUCUUUCAAUACCAGUAAUUCUUCUAUUUGAAAUCAACAACCUGUAUCAACAUCUAAAACUCUUUUAAACCCAAAUAAAGUCUUUGAG